ACUGGUGUCGUGUAAUGUGAAUUGCGGUGAUUGUGUCAACAAACCUCCUAUAACUAUAGCAAAGCCCUUGGCCAGACAAUACGAAAGCUGAGGUAGCCUUCCACUGCAAAGCUCGUUUCAGUAAAGCUUUCUUUGAGUUAAUCACCAAAACUGAAGUUAACAUUCAAGCUAGGAGCUGUCCUGCUACGCUCCUUGACUCCUCCCAAAAGUUGUGCAUCUCUACUCGUUCAGUGCAGAAGUUACUGUCCCAACGUGCUGGCCUCAAGUGGAAAAGUCAUGUCUGGAGACUCAGCAAGCCUUUACAAUGUUGUCUUUGUGCUUGGGGGACCUGGUGCAGGAAAAGGCACUCAGUGUGAAAAAAUUAAUGAGGUCUUCAAAUUUAAGCAUUUAUCGGCUGGGGAGCUACUGAGACAAGAGCGUCAGACGACUGGUUCCGAGUAUGGUGAACUCAUUGCCAAACACAUAAAGGAUGGAACCAUCGUUCCUGUAGAAAUCACAUGUUCACUUUUGAAACGAGAAAUGGAAAACAGCCAGGUUCGAAAUUUCCUUAUAGAUGGAUUCCCUAGAAACAAAGACAACCUGGAUGGUUGGAAUAGUGCCAUGAAAGAGGUUGCAGAUGUGAAAAGAGUACUCUUCUUUAGCUGUCCUGAUCAGGUAUGUGUUGAUAGGUGCUUGUCCCGGGGUGCCACUAGUAACAGGACAGAUGACAAUGCAGAUACCCUGAAGAAACGGUUAACGACAUACAAGGAAUCCACUAUGCCUAUCGUAGAAAGCUUUCGAACUCUGAACCUGAUCUCAGAAAUUGAUGCAUCAGGAUCCCCUGAACAAGUCUUCGCAGAAGUUCAAAAAGUUUUUACAGACCUGGGAUAUAAGGCCUCUUAGGUGUUUUCAGUAUUCGAUUAGUCAAAUUGUACUAAAUUGUUUGGGUAUUUUUUAGCUCUAACGUGGUGAUAACUCUGGUCUGAGUUUGUUACAUGCUUUUACUCGAUUGUGUGACAUUUGUAUAUUUAUAACAUGAGCGUGCAGUGGUCUCAGUAACCACGAGAUGUGCAAGACGCACUUAUUUUAUUAUUUUGUGCCAGGGGGAGGGGUCACAUUUUAGAAGACCAGUUUCUUUGUGGCAUACGUUAAAGAAAUAGUUCCUUCAGCGUGAAAUGUGACAGCAGAUUGAGACGGGUUGUUUUGAAGUCAGUUUUAGAAAAUGAGGUAGGUCGGAGUCGUACUUUGAAUCCUUAAUGAUAAGAAA